AGCAAUUGGAUAAUAUCAGUUUUUCAAGUUAUGUUGAGCAUAGGUUGGAGCGUUUUUUGCUGCAGUUUAAUUUUGGUGAUCGUAUACUUCUUCGAGUUAGUGAGUCUACAGUCAUCAGAAAAUUCAGACAAUUUUCAGUAUAGUCACCAUGAUCCAAUCAAAAAUUCAUAUGAAUUUGGAUACAGUGUGGAACCGAAUCGGAACUUCCAUCACGAGAAACGGGACCAAAAUGGAAUCACCUUUGGAUGUUACGGAUUUGUGGAUGAAAAUGGGAAACUGCAGGUCACCCACUAUCUGUCCGAUGGCCGUGGCUAUCGAGUUUUGGAUCCCAUGAAACCCGUUCAGGUGUACAUUCCAUUUGAAGCUGCCGACGGGGAUGAGCCGAUUGAGACGAAGCCCUGGAUGGCAACGUUUCUGCCGCGAGGUUGUAGCCUGAUCGCGAAUCGUCGAGGGCCGGCGAUGAUUUUUAGACCUCCAUCGGCAACUAAUUUUGGGAGUCUUCCUACCACACCUGACGUUACCAAAAGACCUGCAACCAUCGAAGGAUCAGCUUCAGCGGUCGAAAUGCAAACAAAUAGAACUGAAGCUGACAUUUGUAGUGGCUGUAAAACAAUUAUCCAUGGUGAUCAGUCAGACGAACAUUGAAGGAUGCAAACCAAGCAGAAGUUGUUUUAUGACAUAAAAAUAUUAUAAAUAGUAUUAAUAUAUUUAUAAAAUUGCAAAUAUAUAUAUUUAAGG